AUGGAUAUCAAAACGUUACUCGCCAAUCUUCAUGAAGAAGUAUCCUGCUCUGUGUGUAUGGUCACAUUUACUGAACCAAAGCAGCUUCCAUGUUUGCACAGCUUUUGCCUCCACUGUUUAGCAGGAAUCCAAAGAAACAGCGGCCGCCAUGAUGUCAUAACAUGUCCUGAGUGUCGAAGGGAGAGUCAAGUCCCUGGAGGAAAUCUUAAAGAUCUGCCCACAAACUUUCGCAUCAACAGCUUACUAGAUGUGUUGGCCAUAAGGGACUGCAAUUCUACUGGAGUCAAAUGCGGAAACUGCGACAAACGCAGAGUAGAAAGUUUCUACUGUUUUCAGUGCUGUUCAUUUUGGUGUGACGAGUGUAUCACUUUGCAUAACUUACUCCGAGCAAAUAAAGACCACCGAGUUCUUGCACUCAAAGAUUUUGGAGAUCAAGACAUCGAGGAUGUCUUAAAACGACCAGCAUUUUGCCCACGACCGGGCCACGAAAAGAAAGAAUUGGAAUUCUUCUGUAAGAAAUGUGAACAAGCCAUUUGCAAUUCUUGUGUUGCAACCACUCACGAUGGACAUGUUAAGAUACUACUGGAAGAAGCGGCAAAUAAAAAGAAAUUGCAAGUCAUGUCUGAUAUUGAGUCCAGAAAAGCAAAAGUGCAAAGAAUGAGAAACAAAAUAUCUAAACUUGACGAAAGCUGUGAUAAAAUCCAAACCCAAGUCGCAAAAGUAAAAAGAAGCGCGCAACAGUUUGCCGAAAGCAUGAUUGCUGUCAUCGAAGCCAAGAAACAGGAAAUCUUUUCUGAAGCGGAUCAUGAGGCACAACAGUACCUGGAACGUUUGCGAAUACAAAGGAUCGAGAUUGAAAACAAAGUAAAAAUGGUCGAAACAGCUGUAGGAAAAUCUGAAACACUAUUAGAACGGAGCACAAACGCAGAGCUUGCACAGUUCGAUGACUCACAAAACACAACACUCUUGAAAGGAGUUGAUGAUGAGAGAGAAGAAGUCGACUGCAACCUUGAACAUUUUAAUGAACUUAUUUUCGAGGAAAACAAAGCUUUGAAGACAAAAGCAAUCCACGAGGGAAUCGGCUCCAUUAGAGCGUUUCUCAGCGAGACCAGAGGGGAUCAAACAACUGCUGAAGGAGAAGGACUCACUGAGGCGAUCGUUGGAAUUCAAGCGAAAUUUGUUUUGACGACAAGAAAUGCUGAAGGACGACAGUGCCACGACGAGCGUGACCGAGUAACAGUGGAAAUUAAAAAUCAGCAAGGCCAUGACUGUGCGACGGAAGUGCGAGUCCAAGAUAUUAAAGAUGGUAGCUAUAAAGUCGGUUAUUUUUUCAAAGAAACUGGAAGUUGUAAGGCAGAAGUUAAACUAAACGAAGUACAUGUUGCAGGCAGUCCAUUUCCGGUUCGAGUGAAACCCAGAAAAUUCAGACCCGUGCUAUCUUUUGGACAACGAGGUUCGUCUGCUGGAAUGUUACUCAGACCCUGGGGAGUGGCCGUGAAUGAACGCGAUGAAAUUGUAGUGACUGAACAAGGUAACAACAGGGUUCAAGUAUUCAGUAGUGAUGGAACUUACUUACGGUCGUUUGGUAGACAAGGUAAUAAACAGGGAGAAUUUAAUCGCCCACGCGGAAUAACAAUACAUGAGACUAAUAACAUUAUAGUCGUGGACAGCUGGAACCACCGUGUUCAAUUGUUCAGUGAGCAGGGUGAGUACCUGAGCCAGUUUGGUGGUGAAGGAAAUCUUGAUCACCAGCUGUCUAUUCCUCUCGGUGUAUCUGUAGAUAAUACAGGCAAUAUUAUUGUUGCUGAUAGCGGUAACAAAUCAAUUAAGAUCUUUUCUCCUGACGGCCAUUAUUUAAGUAAAUUCGGGGGUGAGGGUUCUUUUACCUAUCCCGUUCACUGCGUACAAUAUGAAAAAUAUCUGAUAGUGUCAGACAGAGAUGAACAUUGUAUCAAAGUGUUUGAUAGAAAUGGUAAUUUUUUAUACAAAUUUGGAAAUGAGGGGGAAGGGGAUGGAGAGUUCAAUUACCCUUAUUGUUUGUCAGUUAACAAGGCAGGACACCUGAUGGUCUGUGAUGCAGAUAAUCACAGAGUACAAGUAUUUGAGCUAAGUGGAAAAUUUGUAACAAAAUUUGGAUCAAAAGGAGAGAAAAGAGGAGAAUUUAAUCUCCCUGUCUCUACUGCAGUGCUCAGUGAUGGUCGAAUAUGUGUAUCUGACUGUUGGAACCAUCGCAUUCAGAUAUUUGAAUAGACAUCACAUCACUAUGCCUUACCAGAUUUGAGCUCAUAUUUUCAAACUUUUAUACAUGAAACUACUUUCAACACGUGAUUUAUAUUCUCUGUAAGAAUCUUCUGAAUGGUCACUGAAACUACAACACUAUAGUUUCAAUUAAUGCUGCAUCCAAGAUAAAUAUCUUGUUACACCUAUUUUAUAUGAUAUUGUUAAUUAAGGAAUUACAGAAUUUACUACUAUUGUUAUAAAACAGAUCAUCUGCUCCACUGGUUUAACUCAGAAAAAGGCUCCAAAGUCAAAAAUUGUAAAGAAUCAAACGGUAGAAAUGUGUCAAUAAAGUAUUUGUGAUUGCAUUUGCAAACUUUGCUGUAUAGUAAUCACUUGGCAAAAACAAAAAGGAGUGAUUUGAAACUUUCCGACUGAUUUUAGUCCAAUAUAUCUGGGAAGGUCACAAUUAUACCUCAUUUAUUAUGAAAGAAAGCUAAGAUGAGAAAAACCUUAAAAAUUUUUUAGGAUUUGGGGUAGUUUCCGCCGUUCUGUCUAUUAAGAUUUGGGGUAAUUUUUCUGCCGCUUCGUCUCUAAGGACUUGGGGUAAUUUUCCGCCGUUGUUAAGGAUUUUGCGAAGUUCUCCGCCAUUCCACCAUUCUGUCAUUCCACCGUUCCGGUGUCCUAGCGGAUUUAGACCCCCCAGUCCAAAUCCGCUAGCGGAUAUGAACCCCCCUCCGCAGAUUUGGACCCCCCCCCCACAGAACCGAGUGAAAACAUCAUCCUUAACGUUCUCGUAGAAAUAGAUAAUACUUUCCGUUUCAGUGCGUACUAAAGUAUGUUUUUAAUUCAAAAUAUGCGUAUCGCCGAUGCAUACGAACUGGCAGCUAGAAAUGACCCGUCGGAUUUUUCUUUUGACUAAGGGAAAAUGUGCAAGCAUUUUGUUCAAUGUUCGGAGAAAGGUCGUUUUUGAACCUUUUCCGCGAUAGUCGAACACCGCUAGAUUAAGUAAGAGACAAACUUAUGACACUUAUUUAUUUUGUUAUUGUUCAAUGCCCAAGUGUUGAGACGACAUGGUACACUGCAAGUUUGUUAUUUCAGAUCCCUCAACAGUUAAUAAUCGUUAAAAUUAGAAAAUAAGAUUGAGUUCGAUGAAAUAGUCUCCACUUUUGUUAAGGCGUAGACAUUAAUGUUGAUUUGCAUCUGAAAAUAAGCUGAGAGCUCCAAUAGUUCAGAAUAGAAACAUUUUUUUCUUAUAAUAGGCUUUUACGAACGACUUGUAGUCGGAGUUGUUACUUCGUUCUUGUUCAGAAACUGUUUAAUGUUAUUUAAUUAGAAAAUUGGACUGAGUUAUUUUUGUGACUGGACGCAACAGUCUCCACUAUUAUUAUGACGUUUCGUAUCAAUGUUGAUUCGCAUCAGAAGAAGCAAAGAUUUAUCGUUACAAUUUCAAUCGUUCGAAUGCAGUAGUUCUAAUAAAUGCGACAGGAUUGGAGCGAAAUGGCUGUUUUUCUUACCCUUAUUGAGGAAUGUUGUGUUGUAAUUGAAAAGAACAUCGACAAAAAGCUUGCAAAUAGAAUUAGUUAUCAAAUAUGAUAAAAUCGACGCUUAAAAGAAAAGUUUGGUAGGGGGAUCCAAAUCUGCGAAGAGGGGUCCAAAUCCGCUGUGACACCGGCUUUAAGGGUGCCCUUUCCGGUGAGAUGUCUAAAAAGCACCUCGUGGAAGGUAGCGACCGAUCAAAUAACGUAUUUGCUUCAAUCUCAUCUGCAAUUUCCACAUAAAUCGGAAAUGUCUCGUAAUUGCGGAAGUUCUGGGUGAAUUUCAGGGAACGCGGUUCGAUCAGCUUUAGACACCAGUUGUUUGUUUGCUUGAUAUGGAGGGCGCUCUCUAGGUUUUUUCACACAAGAGCAGUCUUGUUCACGAUGAGAUGUCCACAUAAUGGGUUGUUUGAAGUUGAAAUAAUUUUUUGUCGAACUGAGUUUUCUCGGACUUGAUAAAGUAUUUUUUUCCUUACCGAGAGGACCCAUUUGGGAUAAAUUUCUUCAAAACCCUGGUCGAUAUCAUUUUGAAUUGAACAGAAAGCUCAUUUUUGAAUAAGCUUUUGUCAGACUGUCUUACUUGAAAGUCCUUUGUCAUGAAGUCGACAGACUGUUCUCAAGAAGGAGAUAUGAUAAUCCAUAAGCUGAGACAAAAACAAAAAAUGACCUUUAGGAAUACUGAGAAAAUGACCAGCUGGUAAACGCCAUGACGUCAUGACACCGAAGGACAACAUGCGACAACAAGAACAGCGCACGUGAAUACGUUUCUCGGCGAAAACAAAGCGGAUCAAUUAACUGCUGAAGGAAAAGGACGCACUGAAGCGAUUGUUGGAAUUCAAGCGAACUUUGUUUUCACAUAAAGAAAUGCUGAAGGACAAUGCCACGAGAAGCGUGACCGAAUAACAUUGAAAAUUAAAAAUCUGCAGGGCCAUGACUGUGCGACGGAAGUGUCAAGUUACAAGAUCAGCUAUCCUCAAAGAUAGUGAAAGGUAAGAGACAGUAGUGAAAGUGAGCGAAGAACAAGCUCGAGGCAGUCCCUUUCUGACUCUAGUUAAACCCAGACAGUUCUGUCCUGUUUUAUCUUUUGGCCAACGAGGCUCGUCUGCUUGA